AUGAUUCGUCCAAUGCAACUCUACUGUUGCUUAAUACUUGGUAUUUUAAUUAUUAAAUCUGAUCAAACUCCGAUACUGCCACCAAACACAAUCCAAAUUCCUCUAAAGUCAAUCUAUAACAGUUUGGUGCAAUCUCAAAAUUAUUAUACGAAAAUACAGGUUCCUCGAUUUUACACAAUUCAAGGUGCAUCGAGCACAUUUGUUAAAGUACCUGGCCUUACGAUACCAUUCUAUCAUACAGAAUCACUGUUGUAUAAAGUUCGACUUGAAGGCAAACUUUACUCGCCUCAUUCAAAAGGAGUUUGGCUAUAUGCACGUUUGAUGAUUGAUGACCAUCUGCUGUAUGUAAACAAACUUAUGCCGAAUACAGCCAAUCGAUAUAAAUUCGAUAAUCUAUGUGGAUCCCUCGAUUGUUUAGAGUAUCUUGGUGGUUUUUACUGGCAUGUAAAUUCGGCAACAGUGGCAACAGUUGUAUUCAGUGAUAUCAUUUAUUUAGGUUCUGGUUUACAUGUGUUUGAUGUUGGCGUUCGAGGUGGCCCUGAUUCUACUCCUAGCGCCGGUACCUAUCCCAUAUAUAUCAAUACUUGGGUUUUAACCAUGGAAGUUAUUCAAUUCGAUCGACAAGCAACCAUUGGAAUGACACCAAUGAAUGUUAGCAUGAGCAGCUUCGAUAGGUAA